CUAGUUGGUUGCGGGUUGAGUUCAAUAUAGGUAUCUAUCCCCUACCAAGGUCCAAGGCUUCCCCCGAGCCCUCGCUCUUGUGUCCCCAGUAGCUCAACAGAGUCAACACAACACACCACAUCAACUUCAAGUCCCGACUCGGACAUUGACGACUGCCACGAUGUAUUCAUGUUGGCUCUGGGCAUCCGCAGGCCUGGCGACGUUCGCGGCCGCGGCAGAGGUGGUCACGACACCCCGGCAAUUUGAAGUCGACAUCGUCUUUCCGCACAACGAGACAUACAAGCCAGCCGACACCAUGCCCAUUGUCCUGGCCAUCCAAAACGCCAGCGCCGCGACAUCGAUUGGGAGCUUUAGCAUAUUCUGGCGGAUCGCGCAACUCCAAGGGGGACAGCUCAACUCGGCCUCGUCGAGCACUGUGGAUUUUGGCAAUUUUGAGGUCUUUAGCAACGAAACGUCGGCCGACACGCCAUUGUUCCUCGCCGCCUUCACCAAUGUCACCGACUGGAUCCGGUACGGACGACCAAUCCCACCAGCCACCGAAUACACACCAGCAGUCGACGACAGGUACAUGCUACAGUGGAGCAUUGUUUGGACGAGCCUGUUUGGGACCUGCACGAAAUUCGAAUCCUUGGUUUCUGCCGAUCUGCCAGCCGACGGAGCUCUGACGUUCAACAUCCAGACAGUGUGGGGCCAGGAGGGAACUGGCUGGCAGGGCGACAUCCACGACGUGCAGGAGGCCAUCCCUGAGUGUCCGGAAUUCGGAGCACUCGUCCAGAUUGGGCCGCCUCCUAACGCGACGAAGCCGGCAUGCCCGGGGUUUGAGAUCCUCGAGAGCAGGCAAGGCAACCCUUGCGCCGUCAAGGUUGACCAGCCCGCGGCGAGCAGCAUUUCAAGCCGCGUGUCAAGCUCCGUCUCAAGCUACAUGUCCAAGUACCACCCAACCCCAACCACCACCGCUGCCGUUGAGUCGUCGACAAGCAAGGCCGGCGUGGGUCCCGCUCGGACGGUGCAGACGGCGCUGGCGGCCGCUUGCGUGCUCUGCGGCCUGGUAGUGUGAGGAGUUUGGGAAGGACUAGCUAAAGGAAAUAAGAGAGGCGAGACGUUGGGUUGAAAUAGGCGGGCUAGGAGUCAAGGACGUUGCCGUUUGGCGUAUCCUUGUAGACUUGUCUACACGUGGGGACGCUUUAAUUCUCAUAAUACGUGUAAUCAUUUA